UUACAGGUUCACACAAGUGAAAAUUCAGAUCUGAAAGAACACUGUAGCGUGUACGCAUUAAGUAGCCAAACACAAACAGAAUUCAAACAGCAGUGUAAUCAUCGCCAUGAUGAGAGGUGUGAGGAAUGUAAAGCCGUAGAAUCAACACAGGCAGGUAUUGAGCGACUGAUGUAAGAUGCAUUUCACCCUAGUGAGGAUGACUGUGAUGAAGCGCUCUAUCCAAUUCGGACAGCACAACAUGCCAUUCAUACCUGGAAUUGCCACCAGUUAAGGGCUGUUCGACAGGACCAAGGCAGGUCGGAUGAGUACACUGUACUAAUUGUGACCCUCCACAGGAUUUUAAUGCUAAAGGUGAAAGCACGCGCACGACACGCUUUCACUUUAAAACAAAAGAAUUUAUUUUAACACGCUUUAGCACGCUUUCAAUCUUGCCUCAUUAGCAAUUUCUUUUGUUUCAGAGGACACGCUUGAGACAAUUAAGCGUGAGCAAGUCGAACAAAAGAGCGUGUUAAAGUUUUCAAACAAAAGCUCCGUGCGAAAAAACACAACACGCUUUCAGUAUGCGCAAAAGGACGCAAGGCGUGUUAUCUAUAAGCUAAAUAAAUUUCCUCUACAAAAACGAACCGUAAGUAUUAUGAACGGCACCCUUUUUUGGUAACUAUCGAGAAAGAAAAAGUUAUACCUCCGCGAUCGCAGCGAUAGUAUCUGAUUGAAAAAACGUUGUCCCUUGAAAAGUAUAAAAAGUGAACGGUGGGACCUACUGGAUUUAUGGGUAGAACUAUAUUAGCAUUGCAAAAUCAAAGUUCUUUGCAGAAAUAUUUACUGACGAAGCUGUGCAAAGGUUAUCUUAACUUUCCUUAAUUUAAAACACAUUUGCAAUUUUCUCAGAAACAAUGAUCUUUCGGACUUAAGUCACUUUCUUGCCGAUCGCAGCAAUCGCGAUCAAAUAGAAAUCAUCAAGUGCCAGGAUCGCCAAAUUGUAUUUCUUUUUUAGCGAUUGCAAGGAUCGUAGUGAUCAAAUGAAGACCAGCCUGCAUGGAACGGUCAUCUAGAAAUGGUUAGCCUUCCUCAACCUAUAGAAAAUUCUAGGCAGUUUUUGUUUUUCCGAUUUAAUUACCUCCGUUCAUCUCAACAAGGCUUAAAGAAAUAUAUUAAACUAGUUUAUUCAACUUCAUUUCUCUGUGCAUUACUGCUAAUAAAUAUUCCGGUGGCAUAACUAUAAUUUUCAGGCGACAUAACUUCAGUGCCUCGCAUGUGAUAGCUGGCCUCUUUGUGAUUCCGGUCAACGGCCGACAGCCGGAGGAAUUGGUUUACACUGAUCUCGCGUUAAUUCCAGGCUAGACCACCAUUAAGUCAUGAUUUUCAAAUGGAUACGGUUACGAUCAAACUCCAAAACAGUCUCAAUUGGUAUAUUUGAUUCACUUAGACCAGUUAUCAAUGCUGAUUAAAUCUAAUGAAAGCCCAAGCCAUUUUAUCAUCUUAGCACUUUUAGUAAUCAAGCGUGUUCAGCGUGUCUUACCCAAAUUGCACGCUAAGCGUGCUAUAAUUCGCACACUUACCGUGACAUAUGACACGCAACAAAAAAACAAAAGGUCUAGCGUGUUAAAUUUACCAAAACAAAGGCAAGUGUGUCCGUCUUUGUUUUUUCAAUUUAAUAUGCGCAUAUCCGUGAUCUACGGCACGCUAAGCGUGUCGUGCAAGCGUGUCGUGAGCGUGCUUUCACCUUUAGCAUCAAAUUCCUGUGGAGGGUCACAAUUGUAAAUGACUGGGCCAUUAAAUUCCUUUGUCACAUGCAUUGUGAAUCGUAAACCAGAUUGGAUGCAACGAGGAAAAUUUCAUGGCACAUUUCUGUUGUCUAUUGCAGGUUCCUUUGUGAGCUACAAUCGCAAGCAUUAAUUCACCACAUACAGUGCUGGAAACAAGACGGCUCUGCAGUCAUCUUCAUAAUACAGCAUGUACUUUAUUCACUAUCCUCUGAGCACCCUAACAUCACCAAGGCAGUUCUUCACCAAGACAACGCUGACUGCUACCAAUCCUAUGCAACACUUUUCGCCUUUCCUUCCAUAGAGGCUUCAACUGGAAAAGAGUGGCAAGUGUAGAUUUCAAGGAGAGAAGGGAGCAGCUGACAGAAUGACUGCAGCAGCAAAGUCUCACAUUAGGAUACUCAUAAAUGAGGGCACUGAUGUGACAAAUGCAACGCAAAUGAAAGACGCUGUGCUUUCGCAUGAGGGAGUCAAGAGUGUUCAGAUGGUUUGGAAUCAGCAUAUGUUGUUAGGGUGGCUGGUCACGUGUGAAAGUCCUCGGUUGUCUUUUCGGUGCUACUUAAGUAAUGGCUACAAUCAACCAGGUGAAGAAGCUUCUAAAGAAGGAGCUUUCACCCUUCCAUUCCAAAAUGGAAAAUAUGAUCACAACGUUUAA